AUGCUGUUUGCCAGGCUAAAACCAGUCUUCAUGGAAGGUGAUCUGUGCUCUGGAGGGCAUGACCUCUCUGUGGAUAUUCGAGAGAAUAGUCCAGAUGGAACAUUCAUUGCGAAGAUCCCUGUGAAUGGCAACCCGCUCACUGCAGAGAUUCACUUGAAUGUGACUGGACCAGAUGUGGAAUGGUUUCGAAUGGAAGGAAAAGUCAUCAAAUUGAAUGUGCUACCAAACAAACCUUUGGAUCGAGAGCUACUGACCAUCCCCUUUCUGUUUGCCAUGAUAAGCUGUACUGAUGUUGUUUCUAUAGAUCAGAUUGAUUACAGGUUAAUGGUGCAAGUCCUAAAUGAAAAUGAUAAUUCUCCAAUUUUCCUGGAAGAAAGUGUUCAAGCACUCAAUGUCAGUGAGAUGACACCAGUAGGCGAAGUUCUCAUCAGAUUGCAGGCUCAAGAUAAGGAUGGUGAUGGACUGAUUUACAUGAUUAACAAGGCAUCGAAUGAUGCAGACUUCUUCAGGAUUGACUUGCCAAGUAGUGGGAAAGUCCUACUGUCCCAGCCCCUUGAUUAUGAGGCCAAGAAACAAUUGGAUCUACAAGUUUAUGCCAUGGAAAUGAAUACUGAGGAGAGGUACAACACAACAGCAAAAAUUACUAUUGGUGUGUUGGAUGGAGAUGAUCAAUACCCAAGAUUUCUUCCAUGCAACUUCCUGUUACACAAGAAGACAAGGAUUUGUGUCAAUCCAGUAUAUAGAGGAAAUGUCACUGAAGCAAAGCUGCCGUAUCAUGCUCUCCAGCUCUCCCCAGGACCUUUAUUAGCCAAAGAUGGAGACAAGGGGCUACAGACACCAGUUGCAUACUCAAUUCUUGCAGGUGAUGACAAUGGUAGAUUUGAAGUCAACAAUGUCACUGGAGCAAUAAUGAUGAGGUGGCCAGUCCGGAGUUUCGUGAAGACCCCCAUGUUCACUCUGACUGUCAUGGCCUCCCAAGUCGAUGAUUCCACUAAGUACACAGUGACAACAGUGCUGAUUCGCAUUUUGGCCCCGAAUCGCUAUCGGCCACAGUUUAAAACCAUCGAGUACGAGGGAUUCAUUCAGGAGCAGCCAAACCCACUUGCCCUGGUAGUUACUUAUAGCAAUAAACUCUUAAUGCUAGAAGCAAUAGACCAGGAUUUCAAAAAUGGGAGAAAUCUGAAUAUUGUCUACUCGCUGGCACAUCAGUCCAAUCACACACAGCUGUUCCAGGUAACACAGGAAGGGCUCUUACUAGCUCGAGCAGAUCGACUGCAUGCUUUUGAGAAAUACAUGUUACAGUACACCACCGCAUAG